CGCGCGCGCAGUCUGCCGUCUUAUACGUGUGUUCGUCGCGCUUGUGUUUUUCCGUCGUUUUUUUUCCGAUUUUUUUUUUUCACAACAAUAAUAUAACGAAACAUCGUUGAACAUUUUUUAAUUUUCCUUUUCUCAUAUCGUCUGAAAACGAUUGUUUUUACACUGCUAUUACAACGAUUCGUAACAUCAUUAUCAUAAUAUUAUAUUACUUAUCGUCUCUUCGUGCGUUGAAGUUGAAACGGAAUAAUCGCUUUAACGACGUUUAUCUUGAUCAUAAUAAGAUAAUAAUUAGUAUCGUGAUUUGCUCGAAUUAUAUUUCUGGUGUUUUUCUCUCUCUAUUCAGUGAUUACUUAACACGUUCACUACGUCUAAAGAAGAUAACGCGCGUUUUUGUUUUCAAAAUAACAUAUAAAAAGUUUGUAUUUUUUUAAAAAAGUUCUUGUUCUCGUUUUUAUCAAGUGUACCGAGGACUAUCAUGCCGGUGAUAACAUGAUGCGGGAUUUGGACGCAUCCAGCCCAGUCGUUUGGCCUCCAUGGUGUUAUUCAGUGGACAUCAAAAGAGACAUCGACUUGUUUGGUUUGCCGAAGAGCCGACGUUCGGGGGUCGGUAUGCAGAUCGAGCACCCAGUGAAUAACAACAACACGACCAGCGCCAACAACAACAGAGUGGCGACCGCGGCCGACGUGAAAACGGAACGCCUGAGCCCAGUGGUUGCGGCGGGCGGCGACUCUGCAUCGUCGCGUAGUGGCACGCCGUCUUCGUCGUGCUACCCCGGCACGCCGCCCAGCGUUUCGGCCACGGCCGACCGUGUGUCGAGUCCUGCGCCCAACCGAAACUGUAGUGACCUCAUACGAAGUCUGGCCGCCAAGUACCAGAAUGCCAAUCCCAGCGAGUACAUGCCUUCGCGGAACGGUUUAAACUUGGGUAUACUGUCAGCUGCGACGGCCGCUGCAGCAGCGGCAGCUGCCGCGGCCUCGUCGACCAAAGACAACGGCUGCGACGGAAGUCUACUGAACCCGGGAUUCCCGUUCGCGACACCCACCAUACCUGGAACCAACGUGCCAAUGUUCCCACCCAUGAUGGACAUGUCGUCCACGCAGGCGCUACUGUCCAUGGUCCGGUCUUCGCAGUUCGACGCCUUCAUGAGCGGAAAGACCGGCGGCGGCACCAAACGUCCUUGCUCUACCUCUUCGUCGUCGUCCAACCCACUGCACCCUCUCAACGUCGGCUCGGCGGCAGCGGCCUCGACGUCCGAACAGAACCCACUCGACCUUUCGUCGUCUUCGAGCCCGUGCAAAAAACCACGCAAAGGUCAUCCGUCUGCAGCAGGCCAAUGGGAGAGCGCCGCAGCUGCGGCCGGAUCGUUUGCCGAAACGUUCCUCAACAUACCGGCAUUUGGUCUGGCGCUGCAAAAGUCCCGGGAAAAGGUCGCGCUGACUUGCAAUGGUGUUGGUGGCAACAAUAAGCGGCUGGGCAGCGUGUCGCCGAAACCGUCAAAGGCACAGUCGAAACAGUCACCGUGCCAUCAGGGCGCUCCCAGCCGGGCGUUACCUUGCGCUUCGGCUUGUUCCGCUCCGUCAGCAACUAUCUCCGCCAAUGCCGAUAAACACACCUGCCCCAAUGCGGCCGAUAAGUCAACUGUAUCUUCGUGGACCGUGGAUGACGUGUGUGAUUUUGUCGGAACCAUUGACUUGUGCGCUGAGUACUCGCAGUGUUUCCGGGAGCAGUCGAUCGACGGGACAGCGUUGCCACUGCUUAGCGAGGACCACCUGACCGGAACCAUGAACAUGAAACUGGGACCGGCGCUCAAGUUCCGGGCCGUGCUCGCUCAGAAAUUGGGAAACUGCGCGGUGUGCAUGCACUGCGCCCACUGUCACGGGGCCCAAACACACGGUGCUGGGCGGCACAGCCCCGUCCCCGGCAACAAUAGUUCGUCGUCCGCUCAGUGUUGAACAGAUGAGCAACACCGUUCGUGUCGACGGCGUGGCCAAGUCCGUCCACUUUACACGCACAGGGUGUUCAAAAUGUUUGAAAAUGGAUACUAUAUAAUAUAUUGAAGCCCUGCGUGAGCGGUAGUAUUACCGUCAAGCGUUUAAAUUAUAUAAUAUAUACAUUCGCCUACAGUGUCCCUGCGAUUCGACGUUCGCUUUUCAAAACAAAUAUUAUCAUAUUGUCCAUUAAAUCAUAAUAUUAUUAUGUGUUAUAACUUAUAAUAUAAGACGAUGUGUUUAGGAAAAAAUCGUGUUCAUGUCUGUCGAGUUGAAACAAAAAAUGCAUUAUUAAAAUCAUGGUAAAUUCCAAAAGUCAUUGAUUUAGCCGUUUUUCUGACUUGUUUUUCUCGCAUUGGAUUUAUCAGUAUUUUUACGCGUAGGUAGUAUGUACUAAUUUAAUACAUUUAAUAAUUUAUCGCAUACGAUUUGACAGCUGAUGGUAAUUUUUAUUAUUAUUACUAUUACUAUUUUUUUUUUAGCUUUUGUUAAAAUUUUUACUAUUGUUUUACUUAAAUAUUCUAUUACGCGUCUAAUGUCUUUAUUAUAAUAUUAUUUGUACGUAGUUAGUUUAGUUUAAAAUUGAUAUUGUAUAUUUUAUGAAAUAUUACAUAGUUCUCUGUUGAUUAUUAUUAUUUUCUUUUUAAGUUUCUUGAAAUUAAUAUUAUAGUGCGGAUUGGUCGUAUUUGGUUUAAAGUUAUAACGUAAGUAGGUAAUAUUGAUUAACAAGUGAACACAAUAUAUAGAGCGUUUUUCUCAGGUGAUAUCUUGAAAAAUUUAAAACAAUUUAAGAACUUGCUAAUUAACAUUAACUUUUGUUAACCGUUGUGAAAAUCAGUAUUGAGUUUUAAAAUAAAUACCUUACAUAAAUUGUUCUACUUUAAUGCUCAAUAUUAUCCGAUUAUACCCGAGUAUAUAAUAAUAUAAUGUGUUCUCUAAAAAUAUUCAAAUCGUUUACACAAUGUACAGUUUACACAGUGCCUUAGUGCCUAUUUGUUUUGUAUUAUAUUUAUACCUAUAUAUGUAUAUUUUUUUUAUGUACAACAGUUGAAUUAUAUAAUUCCAAUUCAAUAUAAAUUGGUUUAUGUUUUUAUUUUGAAAAUUAUAAAUCGUAUUAAAUAUUUUUUACCAAUUUAAAUUUAUUUUGUGACUAAUGAAUUAUACAGAAAAAAAAUUAAUAUAGUGUAUAAAUAUUUUUUGAUACAAUUAAUAUUUGUGGACUGUUGAAAUUUGUUUAGUUAUUUUUUUUUUAUAUAUAUAUAUAUAUAUUAUUAAUUAAAACAUUGUAAUUGAGAAAAACAAAAUUUUCUCGGAUUAUCAGGGCUGAUCUAGUGCAAUUUUCAUAUGUAAAUUAUUACGAUGAUUUCAAUACAAUGUAAUCAUAAAUAGGUAGUAAUUGCAUACGUGUACGGCAUUUUUUUGUUUGAUUUUUUUUGUUCGAUUAUGUAAAAAAAUAAAACAAAAAAAAUAUAAGCUGUUAUAAAGCUAUAAUAUAAUAUA